CGAAGAAAAAUUAUUAUUUGGAGGAUUUAUUAUCGAAAAUUGAAGAAAUGAAAAAGGAGAAAAAUUGAUGUAAAGGGGGCUUUAACUGUAAUUGCUUUUAACGGUGAGUGAUUAUUGUUGAAAGGAUGAUAUCGUCAUGUCGGACAAUUUACUUUUGGAUCGAUCAGAAACUUGUUCGGCAAACAGGAGAAAUACUUUGAAAACUAAUCUUCACAUUGAAUCGCACGAGUGAAAACUCGAUAACACUAUUAACAAGCGAGUUACUUCAUGAGAAGCAGUUUCAGCGUGGAAGCAAGUAUAUUGUGUGCGAGAGCUAAAUUACAUCCGAACCGCAAAAGGACGAAAUAAUUUCUUGAUAUAAACUUUUAAAAAUUGGGGGAAAUAAUUGACAAAAUUUAUGUGCAACGCAUUUUAUUAAGUGAUGGUGUUCAAGAUUUGAGAUGAAGAUACAAAUUUGAUGAACCACAAUACAAUUCAACAGAAUGCUGAGAAAAAAAUGCAUCUUCUAGUCCCUAUCCUCCUGAAUUGCCUUCACGUUCUACGAAUCGUGCUCGGCCAGGAACUUUCAGUCACACGACAUGCAGAUGGAGAUAUUUUCACAAUUGAAGGAUCAUGUUCCAAGGCGUGUAAAAUAUUGAGCAGUGGAACAGCUAGUCCUGUUUUUCGCAAUCCUUCAAAUGCAAGAAUUUAUACUCCUGUCAGCUCGUGCUCAUGCCAGUGCAACGCUGAAGUUCCUGUAUUUCGAGAGGAUCUUCAUAUUUGUGUGAAUGAUAUUCACGAGUGCAAUGCAGCCGGAUUUAUGAACAGUUCGGGAAUUAUUGAGAGGGUGCCAUAUAUUUAUCUGCCUCAAAGAGGACAAAUUAUUUAUCCCCAGUCGGAAAUUCGUUUCGAAGGAGUCAAAUUUCCAGUUUGUGGUAUCACGGGAGCACAACAAUUAGGAAAAGGCGGUUGGAUCGAAUUGAGAAAUUUGUCGAGUUCUGAACCGCCGUUUAGACUCUUUCGAGAUGAAGGCAGAACUUUUCUUCAGUGGGUUGGAGAAACUGGACUCAGAGAAGCAACUGAGGGCAAAUUAGUUGUUGCAAAACUUAUCUGUAGAGACGCAUUUCCAAGAUCCACACAUCCUGAAGUUUUUACACCAUGUGUGGCAUUCCGCGUGUCAGGAUCUUCCUCGAAAAACAGUGUUCGAGAAGUAACGUUUUCUUCUAAUUUCAACAAGACGCAGGGUCUUUCGACAAUAGAAUAUACGGCCAUAGGAAUUUCUUCAAUUCUCUUAGCAUUAAUUUAUGUAGCAAGUGUAUCUCUUUAUCUGCACAGUAGAAAAUCGAGAAGAAAAUCGCCAGAGACACCAGAAGUCAUCGUAACAAGUGGAAGAGAUGGCGUUGGUCUUGUAAAAAAUAAUCCUCUACUCGCAGCCUCGAGGCAUUUUGAGAGCGAUAGUGCAUUGAGUGAGAGUGAUUUAGGCGAUGAUCUUCCUCCGAACGAUGGCGAACAAGGAUUCGAAAAUGUACACGUGACUUCGGCGCUGAUUCAUCCACAUUUCGAUUGUUCUGAAAUAAACGAAGGAAUCUGUGGCUCGGGUGCAAUUUUAGGUGAAAUAUUACCCGAAGAAGAUGUUAGAAUUGUGGAAACAUUCGACAGUACAUAUCAUCAAGACACGCCAGUUCUUCCUGGUGCUCAACGAAGAAAAUUGUACUUCAAUCCAGCGUAUUUUGACAGACAAUUAUUAUUGGCACCACCACCAGCAGCCGUUGAAUUUCUUUUAAAAAUCAGAGAAGUGAUUGCCAUCGCGAAGCAUAAAAUGAGUGCAAAAAAAUUCGUCCCCUCUCUUGGAAAUAUUCCGGAGGAGGACAACAUUUCCGAACAGUGCAGUUCGUCAAAUAAAAAAGCAAAUUCCACUCGAAAUUCAAUAGCAAAAUUGAGAAAAUCACAAAAAUGCUCUGGAUGUCCAGGUUGCUUGGAGUAUCGUCGAAAUUUCCCGACACUCUCGGAGAAUAUAAAACCAAUACCCGGCGAAAGUAGAGUGAGAGCUUGGCUGGAGGAUGUGAAAACACCGGAACGUCGUCUAAAAUACAACGAAGACGAUGGAAAAUUCUUCAAAGAAAAAUCAAGAGCAUUCACUCGCAAUUUAGAAUAUCUCGAGGAAAUAACAAACAAAUACGAAUUCAAAUCAAAUCUCUCCUCACAGUUUUUCUCCUCCUGGCGUGAUAAUCCACCAAUGCUCAAGACAUUCCGCAAUAUCGCUCGCAGUGAAAUUCUCGACAACGACGACAAAUUCAGCGUCUCUCAACGUUCAUCAAAAUCCAUGUUCGAAGAACCAAUAUUCGAUAGAUUUCAAAGAAAACUCCGCGACGGUUUCCCCUCAUUCGACAUUCAUCGAAACAACGAAAUCAACGCCAAAGUACGCAAAGCAAUCGAGAAUUCCUUCAUCAAACAAAUGGAGGAGAACACAAUUCUAGAGAAGAAACUAAUUCAAAAUAAAAAUGAAUCAGAGUUUAAAAAUACUUCCCAUAUCGAGAAUCUAGAGGAGAAAUCAGACCCGAUUCCACCUUGCAAGAAGCCCCGUAAACCAAAGGCUCCGACACCUCCAAAUUCUCAACAAAAAUUACCAGACACACUAAAGGAAUUCUCCGCCACAAAUACAGCGAAACGCAUCAUGGACGCCGUCAUCAAAGAAAUGGUCGACGUGAAAUCCCUCGAAACUUGUUUGAAACCCCCAAAUAUCGACGACUACGAAGUUGACAGUCUCGAGAGAUCGAAAUACAUCCGCAAAUCCUCAACAUCACCGGAAUCGAUCGAUCACUCAAGUCCCAGUCUAUCGUCCGCCCUGCCCAUGGAGGAGGAGCUAACAAUGCAGAACGCAAUCAUAAAUGCAAAAACCGGUGAGAUGACAAUUUCGAAACUGAAGAAGAAACUCAUUUCCCCAAAGGAGGAGUACGCCCUCGUGAGUGAAGUCUACGUGAACGAUGGCUAUACGAGUCCAAAUGGAAGUGACGACGAUUCAGGACCAGAAAUCCAGUACGAAUCCGAAAAUCCCGGACAUCUGACGAUAAAAGUUCAGGACUCGCCGACAAAUUAUGUGAAAUUGGACGAAUCGGAGUACGAACCCGAUACACUCGAUAGAAAACCAAUGAAACUGAAGAUCAAUGGCGAUGUUCAGUACGAAAAGGAAGUGACGAAUGAAAUAUUCGCCGAUUCACUGGAGAGACCAAAUCAAAUUCUCCUGAGAUCGAAGGGAAGUUUCAAGGAUGAGGACUCGAUAAAAAAUGGAAUUGCACCACUUCAUCGGGGCUAUGGGAGUCUGAGGGCGAUUUACGAGGCGCGACUCAAGAAUGAAAUUCCUGUGAACGGAACAGGAGCUGUGAAUCUGGAAAAAACACUUUCGUGGAAGAAGAAUAAAUAUUUAACGCCCGACAAUAGACACGCGAGGAGACAGAGAAAACCGCAGAAUCAACCGGACGUUGUUCCAAUGCCGCCUGAGGAGAUUUAUCAAUAUCCAAAAGCGCCGAGACGAGUCGAUGAGGGAUUAUUCUCAAAAAACGAUUGGGACAGGAGUUGUACCAAAACGGAGGACCCUACAGCUAGUGUUGGCGCUCCUGUCCCAAAUUUGGAUUCUUUAUUCGUAGGGACACGGGAAAAUUCCAAUAAUAAAUUUGAUGAAUCUUCUUUUGUUUCGAAUAUUAAUUGUAAUGGUGAGGGGGGAAGUAUUUUGACGAAUUUUGCAGAAGGUGAGAGGAGAAAUUCUAAAGAGGAGGAGAAAAAUGUUUGUGCCUCGAAUUUGUCUUCAUUGUAUGGAAAUGAUUUGAUGACGAAGGGACGAUCUUCUAGUCGAAAUCAGAAGAAUGAACGAAUUAAUCUCAUUCCGUGUCGAAUGAGAAAUUUUGUUCAUUCGGCUGAUCGGGUUUAUUCGAAAUCAUCAAAUGCUACACGAAAGGGAAAGGCGCAGAAAAAAGCGCUUUAUAUCAAUCCUGCUCUGUACAAAAUGGAGGAUAGCGGAUAUCUGAGUAGCACCGACAGCAAUGGAUCUCGUAAGCAAUUAUUGGCGAACGACGUGAGCAGUGUCUCGGAAACUGAUGAAACUGAGUCGCAAGGCGAUGGGGCCAGUGAAAGUGGAGCCGAGAGCGUUGGAACUGAUAGUGUCUUUUUUGGAAAUUUUCGUAAACUCUCUGAGACGUCGAAUUUUUCGAAAAGCAUUGACUCUGGCGUUGAUGUUGAAGUGCGAAAUCCUUUCUUUCAGCCAUUUGGAAUAAGAAAUGAAGGUGGUGUUCUUGAGAGAAUAGCAAUGAAUACCAGCGAAAGCGAAGCCGAGAGCUUUGACACUGUCUUAAGUCCAGGCAGCAGUAAACGAAGGAAUUUUACCUCUUGACUGCGAAAAUAAUUUAUUAUAGGUAUAAAAAAUGUUUGGAAAAUUUUUCUAUUAGUUUAUUUUAACAUGAAUAACGUUUUUUUGGGAAAAAAAUCAC